AUGGAUAGAAUUGAUAUGAGACCAAUUCGUACCAGAUCUGCUGGUAAAAAUUUGACCAGGCAAAAAGCUAAUCCCUAUCCGGUAAGAAUCAAAGCAGAAUCCCAAUUAGUAGUCUACGCUAGAAAACAACGUCUGGGUAACGGAAUUAAUAAUAGUCCCGGCGGUAGUGGUGUUGUAAAUAGAUUAUCGAUCAAAGGUGCUGCUGGAAAUCAACAAGCUCGAUAUUCUAUUAAAGGUGAAGGAGGUCCUGCUACCAUCACUGUUAACAAUUUAGCGCCUGGUACAAGUGCAAAUGAUAUUAAGGUUGAUGAAAGAUUUCCUGCUAAUCCUGUAAAGGCUGAAUUAACUUUUGAAAGUAAAGUUUCAGCACUUGAUGCAAUAAAGAAAUAUAAUACUGCACUUGUUGAUGGCUAUGUUCUUAAAGUUCAAUUAAAGCAGCCAGGCAACAAUUCAAAUACUGGACCAAUUCGUACCAGAUCUGCUGGUAAAAAUUUGACCAGGCAAAAAGCUAAUCCCUAUCCGGUAAGAAUCAAAGCAGAAUCCCAAUUAGUAGUCUACGCUAGAAAACAACGUCUGGGUAACGGAAUUAAUAAUAGUCCCGGCGGUAGUGGUGUUGUAAAUAGAUUAUCGAUCAAAGGUGCUGCUGGAAAUCAACAAGCUCGAUAUUCUAUUAAAGGUGAAGGAGGUCCUGCUACCAUCACUGUUAACAAUUUAGCGCCUGGUACAAGUGCAAAUGAUAUUAAGGUUGAUGAAAGAUUUCCUGCUAAUCCUGUAAAGGCUGAAUUAACUUUUGAAAGUAAAGUUUCAGCACUUGAUGCAAUAAAGAAAUAUAAUACUGCACUUGUUGAUGGCUAUGUUCUUAAAGUUCAAUUAAAGCAGCCAGGCAACAAUUCAAAUACUGGUGCUGCAACAUAUAGAGCAAGAGGAAAACUUAAUAAACCUCCUAGCUAA